AUGGUUGGUUUUUCUCAGUCUGGAAAAGUCAUUUCCAUGGACGCAUCCACAGAAUACCAAGUAAAUGACGCUCAAGAAAAUGUGGAUUUGUCUGUUCAUGGCUGUCUUAAUGCCCCUGUCAAAUACAAUGAAACUCAGCAGCUCUCGUCAACUUUGUUAUCCUUAAAAGCUAUUUGUGAGUCUAUUGAUUCGUCCAACCCAGGAGAGUGGAUGUCAUCUCUUUUGAACUAUGUCAAAGAUCGUCUCAAGCGAGUACCUAGGGGAGGGUGGCCACUUAUGGCCAGCUAUUUUAAUUCUAAAUUUGAUUCAAGAAGGCAAUAUGGAAUAGAUAAUAGAAACUUCGAGUUGAACAGAAGAUCGUUCUACAGAAAGCUGAAUCCCAAUUCUGAUAACAAACAAAUUGCUGGUUUUGACUCGUCUGAGUGUCUCAAGUUUUGGGGUGAUGUUUGGAAGAAAAGGGAUAAAACUGAUUUGGGCCUUGGAGUGAACAAAAGAGUAACUGGAGUGGAAGAUAAUGCACCUGACGUUAGCGACGAGUUUAUAUCAAACUUAAUUGAGUACCUUCCUAAUUGGAAGGCUCCGGGAUGUGAUGCUGUGUACAAUUUCUUUAUCAAAAAGCUGGACUCUCUUCACAAAUUUCUUUUCCAAGAGAUCAGAAAUAUUAUUAAUGGUGUCAGUCAACCACAAGGAUGGUUUUACACUGGAAUUACAUUUUUAAUCCCAAAGAAAGCAAACUCUGUUGAUCCGAAGGACCUUAGACCAAUUACAUGCAUGCCGUGCUUAUAUAAAUUGGUCACAAAAUGUGUGAACGAAAAAAUCGCUGUAUAUGCUGAUACUUACGAUCUGAUAACGGAGUUCCAGUUGGGAUCUAAACGCCAUUGCCAAGGAGCAAAGGAAUUAGCGCUUCUAAAUAGACGCGUUAAUGAAGUUUAUGGAAACAAAUUAUUAUGUGCAUGGAUCGACGUAAAGAAAGCUUUUGACUCAGUGAGUCACGAAUUUCUUUUUGAAGUUUUGGAAAACUCAGGACUACCUAAAUGGAUAACGAAAUUUAUGAUGUCAAUAAUUCCUAACUGGAGAGUGUCGUUAAGAUUAGGAAAAGAGCUGCUUGGAACAGUUAAUAUUGAUCGUGGUAUACUCCAAGGUGACUCACUGUCACCACAGUUAUUUGUAUUGGUCUUGGAUCCAUUAAGCAGGAUUUUAUCUUAA